GCUAAUAUCAAAGGAUCAAAAUUCAAAGUGCCAUCAAAAAUCUCCAUGCCAGGUGUAGAUUUAAGUGUCAAAGGUUCAAAACUUAAGGGUGAUAUGGAUAUCUCAACUCCAAAGAUAGAAGGAGACAAAAAAACACCUGAAGUUGACAUCAAAUUAAAAAGUCCUAAAGUCAAAGGUGAUGUAGAUGUUUCAGUUCCAAACAUUGAAGGGGAUAUAAAAGCUCCAGGGGUGGAUGUUGAAGGACUGGAUAUGGAUAUUGAGGGCCAUAAGAGUGGAUUUAAAAUGCCAAAAUUCAAAAUGCCAUCAUUUGGCUUGAAAGGUCCAAAAGUGGAAGGACCAGAAGUUGAUGUAAACCUUCCCAAAGCAAACAUUGACACAAAAGCACCUGACAUUGAUGUGAAAGUACCAGAAGUUGACAUCAGAGGAGCUGAUGCAAGGCUAAAAGAUCCCAAAUUCAACAUGCCAACUAUUUCAGGACCAGAAAUCUCCAUGCCAGAUGUGGGUAUCAAUCUGAAAGGUCCCAAACUCAAAGGUGAUGUGAAUGUGUCAGCUUCAAAGAUAGAGGGAGACAUAAAAACACCUGAUAUUGACAUCAAAGGUCCAGAAGUAAAUAUUCAAGGGCCAAAGGGAGGAUUUGAAAUGCCAAAGAUCAAAAAGCCCUCAUUUAAUAUUAAAGGUCCAAAAAUGGAGGGUCCAGAUGUAGAUCUCAACCUUCCCAAAGCUAACAUUGAUGUCAAAGCACCUGACGUUGAAGUUAAAGGGCCAGAGGUUGACAUUGAAGGACCAAAUGCAAAACUAAAAGGAUCCAAAUUCAAUAUGCCAACCAUUUCAGGACCGAAGCUUUCCAUGCCAGAUGUGGAUUUUAAUCUGAAAGGCCCCAAACUCAAAGGUGGUGUGGAUGUGUCAGCUCCAAAGAUAGAGGGAGACAUAAAAACACCUGAUAUUGACAUCAAAGGGCCAAAGGUUGAUAUUGAAGGGCCAAAGGUUGACAUUGAAGGACCUGACGCUAAACUCAAAGGACCCAAAUUCAACAUGCCCACCAUUUCAGGACCGAAACUUUCCAUGCCAGAUGUCGAUUUUAAUCUGAAGGGUCCCAAAGUCAAAGGUGAUGUGGAUGUGUCUGCUCCAAAGAUUGAGGGAGACAUAAAAACACCUGAUUUUGACAUCAAAGGGCCAAAGGUUGACAUUGAAGGGCCAAAAGGUGGAUUCGAAAUGCCAAAGAUCAAAAUGCCAUCAUUUGGCUUGAAAGGAAAACAAGUGGAGGGUCCAAAUGUUGAUGUUAACCUUCGCAAAGGUAACAUUGAUGUUAAAGCACCUGACGUUGACAUUAAAGCUCCAGAAAUCGACAUUGAAGGCCCUGAUGCAGAAAUCAAAGGACCCAAGCUCAAGAUGCCAUCCAUAAAAGGACCAAAGAUGCCUGAUUUUGACAUUAAACUAAAAGGUCCUAAAGUUGAAGGAGAUGUGGAUGUUUCAGUUCCAAACAUUGAAGGAGAUAUAAAAGGUCCGGGGGUGGAUGUUGAAGGACUAGAUGUGGACAUUGAGGGCCACAGAAGUGGAUUUAAAAUGCCAAAAUUCAAAAUGCCAUCAUUUGGCUUGAAAGGUCCAAAAGUGGAAGGACCAGAAGUUGAUGUAAACCUUCCCAAAGCUAACAUUGACGUGACAGCACCUGCCAUUGAUGUGAAAGUACCAGAAGUUGACAUUGAAGGGCCUGACGCAAAACUCAAAGGUCCCAAAUUCAACAUGCCAACUAUUUCAGGACCGAAACUUUCCAUGCCAGAUGUCGAUUUUAAUCUGAAGGGUCCCAAAGUCAAAGGUGAUGUGGAUGUGUCUGCUCCAAAGAUUGAGGGAGACAUAAAAACACCUGAUUUUGACAUCAAAGGGCCAAAGGUUGACAUUGAAGGGCCAAAGGGAGGAUUUGAAAUGCCAAAGAUCAAAAUGCCAUCAUUUGGCUUGAAAGGAAAACAAGUGGAGGGUCCAGAUCUUGAUUUAAACCUUCCCAAAGCUAACAUUGACAUAAAAGCACCGGAAGUUGACAUUAAAGCUCCAGAAAUUGACAUUGAAGGCCCUGAUGCAGAAAUCAAAGGACCCAAGCUCAAGAUGCCAUCCAUCAAAGGACCAAAGAUGCCUGAUUUUGACAUUAAACUAAAAGGUCCUAAAGUCGAAGGAGAUGUGGAUGUUUCAAUUCCAAACAUUGAAGGAGAUAUAAAAGGUCCAGGGGUCGAUGUUGAAGGACUAGAUGUGGACAUUGACGGACAUAAAGGUGGAUUUAAAAUGCCGAAAUUCAAAAUGCCAUCAUUUGGCCUGAAAGGUCCAAAAGUGGAAGGACCAGAAUUUGAUGUAAACCUUCCCAAAGCUAACAUUGACGUGACAGCACCUGCCAUUGAUGUGAAAGUACCAGAAGUUGACAUUGAAGGGCCUGACGCAAAACUCAAAGGUCCCAAAUUCAACAUGCCAACUAUUUCAGGACCGAAACUUUCCAUGCCAGAUGUCGAUUUUAAUCUGAAGGGUCCCAAAGUCAAAGGUGAUGUGGAUGUGUCUGCUCCAAAGAUUGAGGGAGACAUAAAAACACCUGAUUUUGACAUCAAAGGGCCAAAGGUUGACAUUGAAGGGCCAAAGGGAGGAUUUGAAAUGCCAAAGAUCAAAAUGCCAUCAUUUGGCUUGAAAGGAAAACAAGUGGAGGGUCCAGAUCUUGAUUUAAACCUUCCCAAAGCUAACAUUGACAUAAAAGCACCGGAAGUUGACAUUAAAGCUCCAGAAAUUGACAUUGAAGGCCCUGAUGCAGAAAUCAAAGGACCCAAGCUCAAGAUGCCAUCCAUCAAAGGACCAAAGAUGCCUGAUUUUGACAUUAAACUAAAAGGUCCUAAAGUCGAAGGAGAUGUGGAUGUUUCAAUUCCAAACAUUGAAGGAGAUAUAAAAGGUCCAGGGGUCGAUGUUGAAGGACUAGAUGUGGACAUUGACGGACAUAAAGGUGGAUUUAAAAUGCCGAAAUUCAAAAUGCCAUCAUUUGGCCUGAAAGGUCCAAAAGUGGAAGGACCAGAAGUUGAUGUAAACCUUCCCAAAGCUAACAUUGACGUGACAGCACCUGCCAUUGAUGUGAAAGUACCAGAAGUUGACAUUGAAGGACCUGACGCAAAACUCAAAGGUCCCAAAUUCAACAUGCCAACUAUUUCAGGACCGAAACUUUCCAUGCCAGAUGUCGAUUUUAAUCUGAAGGGUCCCAAAGUCAAAGGUGAUGUGGAUGUGUCUGUUCCAAAGAUUGAGGGAGACAUAAAAACACCUGAUUUUGACAUCAAAGGGCCAAAGGUUGAUAUUGAAGGGCCAAAGGGAGGAUUUGAAAUGCCAAGGAUCAAAAUGCCAUCAUUUGGCUUGAAAGGAAAACAAGUGGAGGGUCCAGAUGUUGAUGUAAACCUUCCCAAAGCUAACAUUGAUGUCAAAGCACCUGACGUUGAAAUUAAAGGGCCAGAGGUUGAUGUUGAAGGACCAAAUGCAAAACUAAAAGGACACAAAUUUAACAUGCCCACCAUUUCAGGACCGAAACUUUCCAUGCCAGAUGUGGAUUUCAAUCUGAAAGGCCCCAAACUCAAAGGUGAUGUGGAUGUGUCAGCUCCAAAGAUAGAGGGAGACAUAAAAACAUCUGAUAUUGAUAUCAAAGGGCCAAAAGUUGAUAUUGAAGGGCCAAAGGGUGGAUUUGAAAUGCCAAAGAUCAAAAUGCCAUCAUUUGGUCUGAAAGGUCCAAAAGUGGAAGUUCCAGAUGUUGAUGUAAACCUUCCCAAAGCUAACAUUGAUGUCAAAGCACCUGAUGUUGAUAUUAAAGGGCCAGAGGUUGACAUUGAAGGACCAAAUGCAAAACUGAAAGGACCCAAAUUUAACAUGCCCACCAUUUCAGGACCGAAACUUUCCAUGCCAGAUGUGGAUUUCAAUCUGAAAGGCCCCAAACUCAAAGGUGAUAUGGAUGUGUCAGCUCCAAAGAUAGAGGGAGACAUAAAAACACCUGAUAUUGACAUCAAAGGGCCAAAGGUUGAUAUUGAAGGGCCAAAGGAGGUUGAUGUUGAAGGACCAAAUGCAAAACUAAAAGGACCCAAAUUUAACAUGCCCACCAUUUCAGGACCGAAACUUUCCAUGCCAGAUGUGGAUUUCAAUCUGAGAGGCCCCAAACUCAAAGGUGAUGUGGAUGUGGGAGGUCCAAAAAUUGAGGGGGACAUAAAAACACCUGAUAUUGAUAUCAAAGGGCCACAGGUUGAUAUUGAAGGGCCAAAGGGAGGAUUUGAAAUGCCAAAGAUCAAAAUGCCAUCAUUUGGCCUGAAAGGUCCAAAAGUGGAAGCUCCAGAUGUUGAUGUAAACCUUCCCAAAGCUAACAUUGAUGUCAAAGCACCUGACAUUGAAAUUAAAGGGCCAGAGGUUGAUGUCGAAGGACCAAAUGCAAAACUAAAAGGACCCAAAUUUAACAUGCCCACCAUUUCAGGACCGAAACUUUCCAUGCCAGAUGUGGAUUUCAAUCUGAAAGGCCCCAAACUCAAAGGUGAUGUGGAUGUGUCAGCUCCAAAGAUCAAGGGAGACAUUAAAACACCUGAUAUUGACAUAAAAGGUCCUAAUGUUGAUUUUAAAUCACCAGAGGGACAUCUUUCUGGGCCAAAAGUCAAGUUACCAAAAAUGUCUGGAUCCAAAAUAUCGUUGCCAGAUGUUGACAUCAAUCUGAAGGGUCCAAAAUUAAAGGGUGAUAUGGAAGGUGAUAUUCAAUUACCGAAAGCUGAACUUGAGGGACUCGAUGUGACCGCUGAUGUUCCAGAUAUUGGCACAAAGAAAUCAAAAUUUAAAAUGCCAAAGUUUGGAUUUAAAAGUCCAAAGGCAAAGGCCCCAGAAACUGAUGUGAAACUGGCACAAGGAGACAUUAGCAUCAAAGGGAAGACUGGGAGUUGCGAAGGUCUUGAUGCUGACCUUAGUUUGUCUGGCCAGAAAGGAAAAGGAUCCAAAUUCAAGAUACCAAAAUUUGGUUUCAAAGGACCAAAGGUUGAAAUGCCAGAUGUUGAUAUUAACCUUUCCAAAACCGGAGGUGAUGUUAAAGUUCCAGAUGUUGACAUUGAAGGACCAGAUGUUGACAUUGACAGUCCUAGUGGUAAAAUCAAGGGACCAAAAUUCAAGAUGCCCAAUAUCUCAGGACCAAAAAUCUCCAUGCCAGAUGUGGAUUUGAAUCUUAAAGGCCCAAAGUUCAAAGGAGAUGUGGAUGUAUCAGCUCCAAAGAUUGAAGGAGACAUAAAGGCACCUGGCUUGGACAUCAAAGGUCCAGAGGUUGAUAUUGAAGGGCCAAAGGGAGGAUUUGAGAUGCCUAAAAUCAAAAUGCCAUCUUUUGGCAUCAAGACUCCUAAUGUUGAAGGUCCAGAUGUUGCAAUUGAUCUUCCAAAAGCUGACAUUAAAGUUAAAACACCUGAAAUUGACAUUAAAGCUCCAGAUGUUGAAGUUGAAGGUCCUGAUGCAAAAUUGAAAGGACCCAAAUUAAAAAUGCCAUCCAUAUCAGUACCCAAGAUGCCAGAAUGGGAUAUCAAUCUGAAAGGACCCAAGCUGAAGGGAGACAUGAAUGUUACAGGUCCAAAGAUGGAGGGUGAUAUAGAGGUUCCUAAAGCAGACAUUGAAGUACCAGAUAUUGACAUUACAAGCCCCAGUGGUAAAAUGAAAGCCCCAAAAAUAAAAAUGCCAAGCAUUUCCGGGCCUAAAAUUUCCUUACCAGAUGUGGAUUUCAAUCUGAAAGGCCCCAAACUCAAAGGUGAUGUGGAUGUGUCAGCUCCAAGGAUAGAGGGAGACAUAAAAACACCUGAUAUUGACAUCAAAGGGCCGAAAGUUGAUAUUGAAGGGCCAAAGGGAGGAUUUGAAAUGCCAAAGAUCAAAAUGCCUUCAUUCAACAUUAAAGGGCCAAAGGUAGAGGGUCCAGAUGUGGAUCUAAACAUUCCUAAGGCUAAUGUUGAUGUCAAAGCACCUGAAUUUGAUGUCAAAGUCCCAAAGGUUGAUGUUGAAGGUCCUGAUGCAAAUAUCAAGGGACCGAAAUUCAAAGUUCCAACCAUUUCAGGACCAAAAAUCUCCAUGCCAGAUGUGGAUUUCAAUCUGAAAGGUCCCAAACUCAAAGGUGAUGUGGAUGUGUCUCUUCCAAAGGUUGAAGGAGAUAUAAAGGUACCUGACGUGAACAUCAAAGGUCAAGAGGUUGAUAUUGAAGGGCCAAAGGGAGGAUUUGAGAUGCCUAAAAUAAAAAUGCCAUCUUUUGGCAUCAAAAGUCCAAAAGUAGAAGGUUCAAAUGUUGAUGUCAAUCUGCCAAAGGGUGACAUUGAUAUUAAAGGUCCUGAAUUAAACAUCAAAGGACCAGAUUUGGAUAUUGACAGUCCUAGUGGAAAGAUCAAGGGACCAAAGUUCAAGAUGCCACAUAUCUCAGGACCGAAAAUAUCCAUGCCAGAUGUGGAUUUCAAUCUGAAAGGGCCCAAGGUCAAGGGAGAUGUGGAUGUGUCAGCUCCAAAGAUUGAAGGAGACAUAAAGGCACCUGAUUUGGAAAUCAAGGGUCCAGAGGUUGAUGCUGAAGGACCAAAGGGGGGAUUUGAAAUGCCUAAAAUAAAAAUGCCAUCUUUUGGCUUUAAAGGUCCAAAAGUUGAAGUGCCAGAUGUUGAUGUCAAUCUUCCAAAAGGUGACAUUGAUAUUAAGGGUCCUGCAUUGGACAUCAAAGGACCAGAAGUUGACAUUGACAGUCCUAGUGGAAAGAUCAAGGGACCAAAAUUCAAGAUGCCACAUAUCUCAGGACCAAAAAUUUCCAUGCCAGAUGUGGAUUUCAAUCUGAAAGGUCCCAAACUCAAAGGUGAUGUGGAUAUGUCAGUUCCAAGGGUUGAAGGAGAUCUAUCAGUACCAGACGUUGACAUCAAAGGUCCCCAAGUUGAUAUUGAAGGACCUAAGGGGGGAUUUGAGAUGCCCAAAAUAAAAAUGCCAUCAUUUGGAAUCAAAGGUCCAAAACUAGAGGGUCCAGAUGUUGACAUUAACCUGCCAAAAGCUAACAUUGAUGUUAAGGCCCCAGAAUUUGAUGUUAAAGGGCCAAAGGUUGAUCUCGAAGGCCCUGAUGCAAAACUGAAAGGACCUAAAUUCAAAUUGCCAUCGAUAUCAGGACCCACCAUGCCAGAUUGGGAUAUUAAUCUGAAAGGGCCCAAGGUCAAGGGUGAUAUGGAUGUGUCAGUACCAAAGAUCGAGGGAGACAUAGAGGCUCCUGAAGUUGAUAUUGAGGGGCCAGAUGUUAACAUAGAGGGCCACAAAGGAGGAUUUAAAAUGCCUAAAUUUAAGAUGCCAUCCUUUGGUUUGAAAGGUCCAAAUGUUGAAGGUCCAGAAGUUGAUGUUAACCUUCCAAAAGGUGACAUUGAUAUUGAAGGCCCUGAAUUGGACAUCAAAGGACCCGACAUUGACAUUGACAGUCCUAGUGGAAAGAUCAAGGGACCAAAAUUCAAGAUGCCACAUAUCUCAGGACCGAAAAUUUCAAUGCCAGAUGUGGAUUUCAAUCUGAAAGGUCCCAAACUCAAAGGUGAUGUAGAUGUGUCAGUUCCAAAGGUUGAAGGAGAUGUAACAUUGCCAGAACUUGACAUCAAGGGUCCCAAGGUUGACAUUGAAGGACCUACGGGGGGACUUGAGAUGCCCAAAAUAAAAAUGCCAUCAUUUGGCAUCAAGGGUCCAAAAUUGGAGGGUCCCACCAUGCCAGAUUGGGAUAUUAAUCUCAAGGGGCCCAAGGUCAAGGGAGAUGUGGAUGUUUCAAUGCCAAAGAUUAAAGGUGAUAUGAAAGGCCCUGAAUUGGAUAUCAAAGGACCAGAUGUUGACAUUGACCAUCCUGAAGGAAAAAUCAAGGGACCAAAAUUCAAGAUGCCACAUAUCUCAGGACCAAAACUCUCCAUGCCAGAUGUGGAUUUCAAUCUGAAAGGUCCAAAACUCAAAGGUGAUGUGGAUGUGUCAGUUCCAAAGGUUGAAGGAGACUUAACAGUACCAGACGUUGACAUCAAAGGUCCCAAGGUUGACAUUGAAGGAUCUAAGGGGGGACUUGAAAUGCCCAAAAUAAAAAUGCCAUCAUUUAACAUCAAAGGUCCAAAAUUGGAGGGUCCAGAUGUUGAUAUUAACCUGCCAAAAGCUAACAUUGAUGUUAAGAGCCCAGAAUUUGAUGUUAAAGGGCCAAAGGUUGAUCUCGAAGGCCCUGAUGCAAAACUGAAAGCGCCUAAAUUCAAACUGCCAUCGAUAUCAGGACCCACCAUGCCAGAUUGGGAUAUUAAUUUGAAAGGACCAAAGGUCAAGGGAGAUGUUGAUGUUUCAAUGCCAAAGAUCGAGGGAGACAUAGAGGCUCCUAAAGUGGAUAUUGAGGGACCAGAUGUCAACAUUGAGGGCCACAAAGGAGGAUUUAAAAUGCCUAAAUUUAAGAUGCCAUCUUUUGGCAUGAAAGGUCCAAAUAUUGAAGGUCCAGAUGUUGAUGUCAAUCUUCCAAAAGGUGACAUUGAUAUUAAAGGCCCUGAAUUUGACAUCAAAGGACCAGAUGUUGACAUUGACAGUCCCAGUGGAAAGAUCAAGGGACCAAAAUUCAAGAUGCCACAUAUCUCAGGACCAAAAAUCUCCAUGCCAGAUGUGGAUUUCAAUCUAAAAGGUCCCAAACUCAAAGGUGAUGUGGAUGUGUCAGUUCCAAAGGUUGAAGGAGACCUAACAUUGCCAGAAUUUGACAUCAAGGGUCCAAAAUUGGAGGGUCCAGAUGUUGAUAUCAACCUGCCAAAAGCCAAUAUUGAUGUUAAGGCCCCCAAAUUUGAUGUUAAAGGGCCAAAGGUUGAUCUCGAAGGCCCUGAUGCAAAACUGAAAGGACCUAAAUUCAAACUGCCAUCAAUAUCAGGACCCACCAUGCCAGAUUGGGAUAUUAAUCUGAAAGGGCCCAAGGUGAAGGGCGAUGUGGAUGUUUCAAUGCCAAAGAUCAAAGGAGACAUAGAGGCUCCUAAAGUGGAUAUUGAGGGACCAGAUGUCAACAUUGAGGGCCACAAAGGAGGAUUUAAAAUGCCUAAAUUUAAGAUGCCAUCUUUUGGCAUGAAAGGUCCAAAUAUUGAAGGUCCAGAUGUUGAUGUCAAUCUUCCAAAAGGUGACAUUGAUAUUGAAGGCCCUGAAUUUGACAUCAAAGGACCAGAAGUUGACAUUGACAGUCCCAGUGGAAAGAUCAAGGGACCAAAAUUCAAGAUGCCACAUAUCUCAGGACCAAAAAUUUCCAUGCCAGAUGUGGAUUUCAAUCUAAAAGGUCCCAAACUCAAAGGUGACGUGGAUGUGUCAGUUCCAAAGGUUGAAGGAGACCUAACAUUGCCAGAAUUUGACAUCAAGGGUCCAAAACUGGAAGGUCCAGAUGUUGAUAUCAACCUGCCAAAAGCUAAAAUUGAUGUUAAGGCUCCCGAAUUUGAUGUUAAAGGGCCAAAGGUUGAUCUCGAAGGCCCUGAUGCAAAACUGAAAGGACCCAAGUUCAAACUGCCAUCAAUAUCAGGACCCACAAUGCCGGAUUGGGAUAUUAAUUUGAAAGGGCCCAAGGUCAAGGGAGAUGUGGAUGUGUCAAUGCCAAAGAUCAAAGGAGACAUAGAGGCUCCUAAAGUGGAUAUUGAGGGACCAGAUGUCAACAUUGAGGGUCACAAAGGAGGAUUUAAAAUGCCUAAAUUUAAGAUGCCAUCUUUUGGGUUGAAAGGUCCAAAUGUUGAAGUUCCAGACGUUGAUGUCAACCUUCCAAAAGGUGACAUUGAUAUUAAAGGUCCUGAAUUUGACAUCAAAGGACCAGAUGUUGACAUUGACAGUCCUAGUGGAAAGAUCAAGGGACCAAAAUUCAAGAUGCCACAUAUCUCAGGACCCAAAAUCUCCAUGCCAGAUGUGGAUUUCAAUCUGAAAGGUCCCAAACUCAAAGGUGAUGUGGAUGUGUCAGUUCCAAAGGUUGAUGGAGACCUAACAUUGCCAGAUUUUGACAUCAAGGGUCCAAAAUUGGAGGGUGCAGAUGUUGAUCUCAAACUGCCGAAAGCUAAUAUUGAUGUUAAGGCUCCAGAAUUUGAUGUUAAAGGGCCAAAGGUUGAUCUUGAAGGCCCUGAUGCAAAACUGAAAGGACCUAAAUUCAAACUGCCAUCAAUAUCAGGACCCACCAUGCCAGAUUGGGAUAUUAAUCUGAAAGGGCCCAAGGUCAAGGGAGAUGUGGAUGUGUCAGUACCAAAGAUCGAGGGAGACAUAGAGGUUCCUAAAGUGGAUAUUGAGGGACCAGAUGUCAACAUUGAGGGCCACAAAGGAGGAUUUAAAAUGCCUAAAUUUAAGAUGCCAUCUUUUGGUUUGAAGGGUCCAAAUAUUGAAGGUCCAGACGUUGAUGUCAACCUUCCAAAAGGUGACAUUGAUAUAAAAGGCCCUGAAUUGGACAUCAAAGGACCAGAUGUUGACAUUGACAGUCCCAGUGGAAAAAUCAAGGGACCAAAGUUCAAGAUGCCACACAUCUCAGGACCAAAAAUUUCCAUGCCAGAUGUGGAUUUCAAUCUGAAAGGUCCCAAACUCAAAGGUGACGUGGAUGUGUCAGUUCCAAAGAUUGAAGGAGACCUAACAUUGCCAGAACUUGACAUCAAAGGUCCCCAAGUUGAUAUUGAAGGACCUAAGGGGGGACUUGAGAUGCCCAAAAUAAAAAUGCCAUCAUUUGGAAUCAAAGGUCCAAAACUAGAGGGUCCAGAUGUUGAUAUUAACCUGCCAAAAGCUAACAUUGACGUUAAGGCCCCAGAAUUUGAUGUAAAAGGGCCAAAGGUUGAUCUUGAAGGCCCUGAUGCAAAACUGAGAGGACCUAAAUUCAAACUGCCAUCAAUAUCAGGACCCACCAUGCCAGAUUGGGAUAUUAAUCUGAAAGGGCCCAAGGUCAAGGGAGAUGUGGAUGUGUCAGUACCAAAGAUCGAGGGAGACAUAGAGGUUCCUAAAGUGGAUAUUGAGGGACCAGAUGUCAACAUUGAGGGCCACAAAGGAGGAUUUAAAAUGCCUAAAUUUAAGAUGCCAUCUUUUGGCUUGAAGGGUCCAAAUAUUGAAGGUCCAGACGUUGAUGUCAACCUUCCAAAAGGUGACAUUGAUAUAAAAGGCCCUGAAUUGGACAUCAAAGGACCAGAUGUUGACAUUGACAGUCCCAGUGGAAAAAUCAAGGGACCAAAGUUCAAGAUGCCACACAUCUCAGGACCAAAAAUUUCCAUGCCAGAUGUGGAUUUCAAUCUGAAAGGUCCCAAACUCAAAGGUGACGUGGAUGUGUCAGUUCCAAAGAUUGAAGGAGAUCUAACAUUGCCAGAAGUUGACAUCAAAGGUCCCCAAGUUGAUAUUGAAGGACCUAAGGGGGGACUUGAGAUGCCCAAAAUAAAAAUGCCAUCAUUUGGAAUCAAAGGUCCAAAACUAGAGGGUCCAGAUGUUGAUAUUAACCUGCCAAAAGCUAACAUUGACGUUAAGGCCCCAGAAUUUGAUGUAAAAGGGCCAAAGGUUGAUCUUGAAGGCCCUGAUGCAAAACUGAGAGGACCUAAAUUCAAACUGCCAUCGAUAUCAGGACCCACCAUGCCAGAUUGGGAUAUUAAUCUGAAAGGGCCCAAGGUCAAGGGAGAUGUGGAUGUGUCAGUACCAAAGAUCGAGGGAGACAUAGAGGUUCCUAAAGUUGAUAUUGAGGGGCCAGAUGUUAACAUCGAGGGCCACAAAGGAGGAUUUAAAAUGCCUAAAUUUAAGAUGCCAUCCUUUGGCUUGAGAGGUCCAAAUGUUGAAGGUCCAGAUGUUGAUGUCAACCUUCCAAAAGGUGACAUUGAUAUUAAAGGCCCUGAAUUUGACAUCAAAGGACCAGAUGUUGACAUUGACAGUCCUAGUGGAAAGAUCAAGGGACCAAAAUUCAAGAUGCCACAUAUCUCAGGACCAAAAAUUUCCAUGCCAGAUGUGGAUUUCAAUCUAAAAGGUCCCAAACUCAAAGGUGAUGUGGAUGUGUCAGUUCCAAAGGUUGAAGGAGACCUAACAUUGCCAGAAUUUGACAUCAAGGGUCCAAAAUUGGAGGGUCCAGAUGUUGAUAUCAACCUGCCAAAAGCCAAUAUUGAUGUUAAGGCCCCCGAAUUUGAUGUUAAAGGGCCAAAGGUUGAUCUCGAAGGCCCUGAUGCAAAACUGAAAGGACCUAAAUUCAAACUGCCAUCAAUAUCAGGACCCACCAUGCCAGAUUGGGAUAUUAAUCUGAAAGGGCCCAAGGUGAAGGGCGAUGUGGAUGUUUCAAUGCCAAAGAUCAAAGGAGACAUAGAGGCUCCUAAAGUGGAUAUUGAGGGACCAGAUGUCAACAUUGAGGGCCACAAAGGAGGAUUUAAAAUGCCUAAAUUUAAGAUGCCAUCUUUUGGCAUGAAAGGUCCAAAUAUUGAAGGUCCAGAUGUUGAUGUCAAUCUUCCAAAAGGUGACAUUGAUAUUGAAGGCCCUGAAUUGGACAUCAGAGGACCAGAUGUUGACAUUGAUGGUCCUGAUGGAAAGAUCAAGGGACCAAAAUUCAAGAUGCCACAUAUCUCAGGACCAAAACUCUCCAUGCCAGAUGUUGAUUUCAAUCUGAAAGGUCCCAAACUCAAAGGUGAUGUGGAUGUGUCAGUUCCAAAGAUUGAAGGAGACCUGACAUUGCCAGAACUUGACAUCAAGGGUCCCAAGGUUGACAUUGAAGGACCUAAGGGGGGACUAGAGAUGCCCAAAAUCAAAAUGCCAUCUUUUGGCAUCAAGGGUCCAAAAUUGGAGGGUCCAGAUGUUGAUAUUAACCUGCCAAAAGCUAACAUCGAUGUGAAGGCCCCAGAAUUUGAUGUAAAAGGGCCAAAGGUAGAUGUCGAAGGCCCUGAUGCAAAACUGAAAGGAUCCAAGUUCAAACUGCCAUCAAUAUCAGGACCCACCAUGCCAGAUUGGGAUAUUAAUUUGAAAGGGCCCAAGGUCAAGGGAGAUGUGGAUGUUUCAAUGCCAAAGAUCAAAGGAGACAUAGAGGCUCCUAAAGUUGAUAUUGAGGGACCAGAUGUUAACAUCGAGGGCCACAAAGGAGGAUUUAAAAUGCCUAAAUUUAAGAUGCCAUCUUUUGGCUUGAAAGGUCCAAAUGUUGAAGGUCCAGAUGUUGAUGUCAACCUUCCAAAAGGUGACAUUGAUAUUAAAGGCCCUGAAUUUGACAUCAAAGGACCAGAUGUUGACAUUGACAGUCCGAGUGGAAAGAUCAAGGGACCAAAAUUCAAGAUGCCACAUAUCUCAGGACCAAAAAUCUCCAUGCCAGAUAUGGAUUUCAACCUGAAAGGUCCCAAACUCAAAGGUGAUGUGGAUAUGUCAGUUCCAAAGAUUGAAGGAGAUCUAACAGUACCAGACGUUGACAUCAAAGGACCUCAAGUUGAUAUUGAAGGACCGAAGGGGGGACUUGAAAUGCCUAAAAUAAAAAUGCCAUCUUUUGGCAUCAAGGGUCCAAAAUUGGAGGGUCCAGAUGUUGAUAUGAACCUGCCAAAAGCUAAUAUCAAUGUUAAGGCCCCAGAAUUUGACAUUAAAGGACCAAAGGUUGAUGUUGAAGGCCCUGAUGCAAAACUGAAAGGACCUAAAUUCAAAUUGCCAUCAGUAUCAGGACCCACCAUGCCAGAUUGGGACAUUAAUCUGAAAGCGCCCAAAGUCAAGGGAGAUGUGGAUGUGUCAGUCCCAAAGAUUGAAGGAGAAAUAGAGGUUCCUAAAGUGGAUAUUGAGGGACCAGACCUCAAUAUUGAGGGCCACAAAGGAGGACUGAAAAUGCCUAAAUUUAAAAUGCCAUCCUUUGGUUUGAAAGGUCCAAAUGUUGAAGGUCCAGAUGUUGAUGUCAACCUUCCAAAAGGUGACAUUGAUAUUAAAGGCCCUGAAUUUGACUUCAAAGGACCAGAUGUUGACAUUGACAGUCCUAGUGGAAAGAUCAAGGGACCAAAAUUCAAGAUGCCACAUAUCUCUGGACCAAAAAUCUCUAUGCCAGAUGUGGAUUUCAACCUGAAAGGUCCUAAACUCAAAGGAGACAUGGAGACAUCAGUACCAAAGAUUGAAGGGGGCCUAACGGCACCAGAAGUUGAGAUUAAAGGGCCUAAGUUAAAGGGAGAUGUGAAUGUGUCAGUUCCAAAGAGUGAGGGAGGCAUUACAUUUCACAAAGGUGAUAUUGAUGUAGAUGUACCUGAUGUCGACCUUAAGAGGGCAGACAUUGACAUUCAUGGGCCUGAUGCAAAAAUCACAGGGACCAAAUUCAAGAUGCCAUCAAUUUCAGGACCCCACAUUUCUAUGCCAGAUGUAGAUUUCAAUCUUAAAGGUCCUCAUAUCAAAUCUGAUGUGGAUGUUUCUGCUCCAAAGAUUGAAGGAGACAUAACAACACCUGAUGUUGACAUCAAAGGUCGAGCCGUUGACAUUAAAGGGUCCAAAGGUGGAUUUGACAUACCCAAAAUCAAAAUGCCAUCGUUUGGUAUUAAAGGUCCAAAGAUAGAGGGUCCAGAUAUUGACAUAAACCUUCCAAAAUCUAACAUUGAGUUGGAAGCACCUGAUAUCAACCUGAAAGGUCCCAAAGUGAGAGGAGAGUUUGAUGCAUCAAUGCCCAAAUUGGAAGGAAAUGCUAACAUUACAGUGCCCACCAUUAGUAUGGAAGGUGAUUUUGAAAAAACAGGUGUUACAUUUCCCAAAUUCAAAGGUCCAAAGUUUGGGAGGAAAUCACCAGAAAUGGAGGGACCUGAAUCCAUGGUUAAGACACCCAUGUUCAGUGUGGGAACAAAAGGCUCCAAAACAGAAGUUCGUCUUCCCAGUACUGAGGCAAGUCUUGAUGCCCCUGAUAUCGACAUCAAUGUCAAGGGGAAAAAGGGUAAAUUUAAACUUCCCAAAGUCAAAGGAAAAGUCAAGAAACCUGAUGUUGACAUAGAAACUUCAGCAGUAGAACUGGAUGUAGACACACCCAAUAUCCAUGUCAAAGAAACAAAGAUAAAGAAGCCUCUUUUUGGUAAGCUUCAUUUUCCUGAUGUGGGAUUUGAUAUCAAGUCACCAAAAUUGAAAGGAGAUGGAUCUUUAUCAUCAUCUGCUAGUUUGAACACCACAAUUGAGGGUUCUGGUAUUGAGAGUCCCAAUGUUAGUUUGGAAGGGCCAGAUGUGAAAUUAAAAACACCUAAUAUUAAAAUGUCAAAUGUGAACGUGUCUACUCCUGAUGUUGAUGCAAAUCUAAACAGACAAGGGGGGGCAACCAUGUCUGCAGGUUUUAAAGGCCACCAAAUGAAUGUGAAAGGUAGUGCUGAUAUUGAUACAGGUGUUACAGGGGGUGGUGCAAUUACUGGCCUUCAAUACCCAGAGGGCACCGUAACAUUUCCCAAAAUCAAGGUGCCAAAGUUUGGUAUUGCUCUGCCCAAGGUGGAGCGCCAGAAGGGUGAAGGAAAUGAUGAAUCAGAACUUGUGGCUAGUGGCGGCAUAAACAUACAACCUCUACCAAAUGUUGAGGUUCCCAGUCCAGAAUUGAGGCAAAGGGAAGGCAAGGUAAAGGUCAAGAUGCCAAAAUUGUUUGGCAAAUCAAAAGCAAAGGGCAGUGCAGGUGAUCUUCGGGGAUCAGAGGUUGAAUUGAGUACUAGUGGAAAAGGCAGUAAGGUCUCUAAAGACUUAAGUGUACAUACUGGAGAACUGACAGGUGGAAAAUUUGAAUUAGAAGGUGAUUCUGGACUAAAUGUUUCAACCAAAGGCAAGUCAGCUUCACUGGACCUUUUUAAGAAAUCAAGACAUCGGUCUUCUUCUCUGAGUGAUGAGGGGGGGCUUGCAGGUAGUUCCCCUUCAGCUCACUUAGAAGCAGAGGGUGGUGACAUUUCAUUAGACCUAGGAGGAGCCAAGGUGAAGGGAAAGAAAGGCAAGUUGAAGUUUGGCACCUUUGGAGGUUUUGGUUCAAAGUCAAAAGGCUCAUAUGAAGUGACACUUGGUGAGGACAGUGAAGCAGGAGUCGAGGGUAAUGCAGGUGUUUCUCUACCCUCUAAAAAAUCAAGAUUGUCUUCAUCUUCCAGCAGUGACAGUGGUUCAAGAGGUGGUUUCAGGUUCCCAAAAGUUGAACUAACUGUUUCACCAAAAAAAUGAUUAAUUAUGAGGCAAAUUAAACUUUCUCAUGUACACCCAAAUACCUUCUCUCAAUAGAGCAAAUCCUUCAAACCCGCUCUUAAAACCGGAGGGGAAGAUUUCAUCUCAUUGUUGUAAACUAAGAGUAUGUUUCAUUAAUUAGACAGGAGUACAUGAGAUUGUUUAAAGUCCCUUCAAACUGUAAAUAAGAUUAAUUUGUAUUGUAAUAAAUAUUGUUUUUUUGUACAUAGUCAAGAUUUAUUAAACAUAUACCAUCUCACCAAAUUUUCACUAAUAGUUUAUUACAGGGUUUGUCAAUUUGGCAUAUUUCAUUCUAUUAAAUGAAAGUUAAUGAAUGGGUGUGGUAUAUUUGUAUCCAGGGGUCUAUUGCACAGAACAGACAGUUACAAUAGCUUUUCUGAAGGAAAAUGUUGUUUAUACAUUCAUAAACAAAUAUAAACAGUUAUCAUUUUUUAUGUAUGAAAUAAUUUUUAUUUUCAAGCUUUGAUAUUAUAUAAUCAGUGCAGAAGCAUUUACGCAACAUAGAGCUGGCCCUAUAUAACAUAUUCUAAAGAGUGAUGGUGUUGUAUAGACCAUAAUUGCAUAGACAAUCUGUUUGGAAACUAUCAACUCUCUAAAGUGCUGUCAGUGCCUUCCCAAUCUUUUUUGAAGUAAAUUUAUUCACCUUUAAAUUCUGUGCCAUUUACCAAAAGUAUGCAUUUGCUUCUUUUGUUUUUAAUUGUUUUGCUUCCUUAUACUGUGUCAUUUUCUGUCUUACCUGUUUUAUGAUUCUCAGUAUUUUUUUCAUUGUCACUCUUUUUGUACACACACUUCAUGAUUAUGUGAAAUGUCACAAAUAAAAAGUCACUUUUUGAUGUCAUUUGUUCGCUAACAUCUGUGUUGCAUGAGAGUUGCAUAGUUUUGAUCAGGCAUGACAAAUUUAUAGAGAAUGAUUCUUUGGGUCUUUUCUUUUGUGUGCAUUCUGCCAAAUAAACUACAUU